AUGUUGCUGGGCAACAGAACCCCGCAGACCACAUCUCUAGAGGCAUCGAGGCAGGAACAAUUCUUUCUUGCGACCUUUGGUCCUCAAUGGCUUCAAUCUGAACCAUCGCUUUGGCCUGUUAAUCAGCAUGACCAAUCGUUUGAGACGCAGCUUGAAUCUCGAUCUCCCCCGAUUAAACUUCUGGCAACAACAGCAGACCCUUCCUUCGUUGAUCUUUUUGUCGAACGCUUUUCCUCCUUCCAACACAUGCUCCGUGUAGCGGCAUUCUGUUUACGGAUCUCCGUGAACCGCAAACAACCGAAGCUCACCACCAUUCUUGCACCAACCGAAAUCCAAAAUGCUGAAUUUUCCCUAAUACGAUUAGUCCAGCUCCAAGAAUUCGCCAGUGAAAUCAGCGCGCUUCGAGACUCGAAACCCAUCCACACCAAAUCACGGCUCCGAUGGUUCUCUCCAUUCCUCGAUCCUCACGGGGUAAUGCGUGUGGGAGGCAGGCUUGACAAAGCACCACUAACCUACGACAGCAAGCACCAGAUUCUGCUCCCAUAUCAUCAUCGUUUUUCGGCGUUACUCGUCCAAUGCUACCACGAACGAAAUCUACAUGCUUCACCGCAACUACUGGUCGGACUUCUUUGCCUACGAUACUGGAUCAUAGGGGCCAGGAAUCUGGCCAAAAACAUCGUACAUCGCUGCACCAUUUGCUUCCGAGGUCGCCCUAAAUUGGUUGAACAAUUUAUGGCUGAGCUGCCCAAGGAACGGAUCACAGCCACUCGUCCAUUCACGGUAACGGGGGUUGAUUAUUGGGGCCCAAUCCUGCUGAAGCAUCCACAUCGGCGAGCAUCCCCAACAAAGGCAUUUGUUGCAGUCUUUGUCUGCUUUUGCACUAAAGCUGUACAUAUCGAACUGGUGUUCGACUUGACAACAGCAAAGUUCAUUCAGGCCUUGCGACGAUUCGUAUCUCGCCGAGGCCCACCUUCCGACAUCUUCUCUGAUAAUGGCCGAAACUUUCUCGGAGCCAAGAAUGAACUAAAGCGACUUAUUCGCCAGCCAGAUUAUUCGCGCAAUGUUGACCAGGAAUGCUCAGUCUGCAACAUCAGAUGGCACUUUAAUCCGCCUAGAGCAUCCCAUUUUGGUGGACUAUGGGAAUCUGCCAUUCAUUCUGCUCAGAAACAUUUCAUCCGCAUUGUCCGAGACCGACCACUUUUUUACGACGACAUGCAGACUCUUUUAUGUCAAAUAGAAGCUUGCCUCAACUCUCGUCCUCUGGUUCCCCUGAGCGACGAUCCAACGGAUUAUGAGCCAUUAACACCCGGGCAUUUUCUUGUCGGCUCUGCAUUAAAAGCUGUUCCGGAUGACGAGCUCAGUGAGAUUCCGUUCAACUGCUUAAAAAAUUGGCAACAAAUCCAAAAACUGCUUCAGGAUCUCUGGCGGAGGUGGCAUCUAGAAUACAUAAAUACGUUACAACCAAGAAGCAAAUGGGUGCACUCACCUGUUUCCAUCAAGGAAAACCAGCUCGUCCUGUUGAAGGAAGAUAACACUCCACCGAUGCGUUGGCCGACGGCAAGAAUAAUCCAGACCCAUCCUGGCAGCGACGGAGUAGUCAGAGUGGUCACUCUGAGGACAGCGAAAGGACCCUGUACGCGACCGGUGUCUAAAAUCUGCCUGCUGCCGAUUGCACCAUCGUUGGAGGAAUCAAUUGCACCAUCCAGCGCUGAGCAAUCAACACCAGACGAGAUUCGUGCUUGA